UAACAUUCUAAACUCUUUAGAAGCAAUGUUCCUAUACCUAGAUAUCAAACAAUCAUAUCAAUAAGUUUUCGUUUUCAUUUUUUGAAAUUAUGAUUCCCACAUCAAGAGUUAUUUUGACAAUUACAUUUAUAUCGACAGCAAUUUGGACAGUACGAGCGAACGAUUCGGUAUCAAAUUACUCUUACGAUAUCACAAAAACACUCAGCAACCGUAUUGCGAACUUACUCAACAAUGUGAAAACUGAUCAAAUAGCCAAGCUCGUCAACGACUUGGAAAACUACGAUGGGAAAUCAUUUGAAUGCGAUGUCGCUCACGACAAGGAGCCUUUUCAUAAUAAAUUUUUCUUCGGCGCAAUUAAUAUCACCGCUAGUCGAAGAAUCGUAGAUUUCCAAAAACCUUACAUAAAUUGCCAAUUUUAUGUCAAUAAAUUGGUAAUAUUCAUGUCGAAGUUCAUGGUCCAAAUAUUCACCGAUGUGGGCGCCGUCAAAGACACAGUUUUUUUAUAUUUUACUCCAGUGCUGUACUUUCAUAAUAUGUCAAUAUUCGUAACAAAGUUGCCAAAGAACAACGACGAAGCUGAAAAAAUCAAUGUUAAUUAUACGUAUGAUUGGUUCAGUGUUUCUUAUACAUUCAAGCAAACCUAUUUCGCGAAUCUAACAGAAAAUAGAAAAUUUGAACUGGAGGCAUUAUUCCAAAAACCAUUACCAAGCUUGCUACUCGAAAACAUCAACACAAAUACCAAAUUUUUACACUCAAUGGAUGAAAACUUCCUCAGCCAACCAGGAAAAGAUCUCAAUUCAACUCAUCCGCAAUUCUUAACAAAUGAGCAACAACACUACUACUUCAUACCGAACAUCCCGUUCUACUGGUUCAAUUUAUACAACGUUACGAUCAAAGGAUUAUGGAAUUUCAAUUCGCUCGGUAAGAAUAACACUAUCGGUGAAAAUGCAUACACACUGAUUGUGAAAAAUGUACGAGGAAGCCUUACGUUGGAUUACGGAUGCGAAACGGAGAAACCAUUGGAGCUCGAUUUCAUGACUGAUACUUUAUUCAUUUCGGUACGAUACGAAUACGACGUGGAUGAAAAUUUGCUGAUCAAUGAAACCAACGUGGAGGCGAGAGAUUAUCAUGUUAUUCUGCUCGAUACUCAGAUUACUCAUCGUCAAGCUGCCUUGAUUAUGCAAAAAAUUGAAUCAGCGGUGGCACUUUCGAUAUGGCCGUCGGUCAAAACGUGGAAUAACAGUAAUCAGCAAUCGAAUAUGUACGAAAGCGAAAACGUGCUAGAGACGGUAUUUUCUCAAACAACACAGAAGCCUGAUACAAAAUCGAUAAAACAGCUUUUCAGCAAAUGGAUUCCAUUCAACUAAAACUGAAUUUCUAAGAAAAUGUAUCAUCGAAAAAACCACAAACAAAAGUUGAAUAUAGGUACCUAUUUACCUAGGUAACUCAAGUAAAUAUACAGACAUUUUUUAUGAAGAAAAAGUAAUCGUUCAGCCUCUUAAAAUAAUACACUUUUUUUAAAAAAUGAAAAAAAUAGUCAUUUAUUUCUAACUACGAGUACGAUAGAAUUUUAAUUUUUCAAUAUCCUACAUUAAUUACUUAUGGUGAGAUGUUUUUAAGCAACGAGAAUGUUUUCAUGAAAGUUUUAAUAAUUUAUUGAAUGAUGACAUUGUGUGAUAAAAAAAUCCUGAUUGGUGAUUUUUAAUUUCAUUUUAAAAAGCAUUGUAGUAGAUAAACAACUUCAACCUCGUAUAGGUACAGGGUGCCCAAAAAAUCUUAAAAGAUGUUUUUUCAAUUUGCCUAAAAUAAUUUUCGGAACACUCUGUACGAUAAACCAAAAAAAGUAUUCCCCAAAAAUCUCAAAUAUGCAAAACUAUGCUUCGAGAAAUCGGAUCGUAAUGACCUUGGCAAUCGACUAGAACCUUAGAAUUAUUAUUAUUUAUGCAAUUAUAUUCUUUAUCAUUACCAUUAAUAGGUACCAUUAAAGUAUUUGUACAAAAUGUA